CCUUAUCGUUCUCGCUCAGAUUAGGGUAAGUUCCUUCAAACCCUAGGCUUCUUCUAAGCCAAUUUUCUGUAAUAAUUUGGUUGAUCGGUGGCGCGUGGGGUUGAUUGGUGACGCGUGAGGUACAUAAUCGACCUUAUUCAUGGUGGUGUAUGCUUCAAUUGGAUUCGGAAACCCUCGUCGGAGCUCCGCCGGGCCCGUAGAGAAGGCCAAAUCUGAUUCCGUACUUCCAUGGCUUCGGCCGUUUUAGCGAACCGAAACGAGACCAAUUGGCCACAACCCAGAGCGAAAUUCAUGGGGAAAGUUCCUAAGCAGAAAAAAUCUAAGAGGCAAUUCCAAUUUCAUGCAACUGCAGGUGACGUUAACGGGGGAUGUCAGAUCGAUGAGUCUUCGGCCGUGACCCAGACGGCGUCGGACGAUGCGUCUUCGAUCAAUCAUCGGAGAUCGGGCGAGCUCAAUUUGGGUAAUCCUCAAUAUGUAUCGUUUAACAUGGCAUCGUUUUCUAGGAAAGAGCUUGGAGAGCUGAAGAAUCGGCUAAUAAUGGAGCUUGAUCGAACUCGACAAUUGCAGAACCGAAUUGAUACAGGAGAAUUCGUUACUUUGCCUAAGAAAUCUGGACCAGGGAAGAAAUCGGGUUUAAAGCGUCCUUUUCCCUCGAAUUCGAAUCAAUUCGCUAAAGAAUCGAGCUCCAAUUUCAAGCGAUCGCAUUGGGAUAACCCAAUUUUGAUGAAGAAUUGCAGUCCGAUAUUAUCUAAACUGAUGAAGCAUAAGCACGCAUGGGUCUUUAACAAGCCCGUUGAUGCCCUAGCUGAGGGGCUCCACGAUUACCACGACAUAAUCAAACGCCCGAUGGAUCUGGGUACCGUUAAAUCGAACCUCGCCAAGAAUCUCUACACAUCGCCUGUGGAUUUUGCAUCUGAUGUGAGGCUAACGUUUCACAACGCCAUGACUUAUAAUCCCAAAGGGCACGAUGUUAACGCUAUGGCUGAACAACUUCUGGCUAGGUUUGAGGAGCUGUAUCAGCCUCUGAAAGAGCAAUUGGAAGAAGGGCCUGGACCAGAACGGCCUUACGAAGAUGAAUUACAGGCGAGUUCUUGGGAUCAUGUGGAGCCCGAGAGGCCUAAACGGGAAGAGCCUUCGUACAGAGCAGAGAAGAAACAAGAACCCGAACGGGUUCCUGCUCCGGCGAGCUCGUCAAACCCGGCUCCUCCUCCUCCUCUCCCGCCUCCUUCCGUACAAUCACCAGUCCGUACACCUUCCCCUAUGAAGGCUCCUCCAGUCAAGCCUUUGAAGCAGCCGAAGCCGAAGGCAAAGGAUCCUAACAAGAGGGAAAUGAACAUGGAAGAGAAGCACAGAUUGGGAGUUGGGUUGCAGAGUUUGCCACAGGAGAAGAUGGAGCAAGUUGUUCAGAUCAUUAAGAAGAGAAAUGGGCAUUUGAAACAAGAUGGUGAUGAGAUUGAGCUCGACAUUGAAGCUGUCGACACAGAGACUCUCUGGGAAUUGGAUCGUCUUGUUACUAAUUGGAAGAAGAUGGUCAGCAAAAUUAAACGGCAAGCUCUCAUGAACAAUACAAUUGGGAGCAACAACAACAACAACCAUAGCAUGAAUGCCCAUAAAGGCAAUGUGGAAUCGAGGGCAAGUGAAAAGGUGGAAGCCAGUCCACCUGAGCCGAAAAAGGCAAAGAAAGGAGGUGGAGGAGGAGUAGAAGCUAGGGAUGAAGAUGUUGAUAUUGGUGAUGAUAUGCCAAUGAGUAGCUUUCCUCCUGUUGAGAUUGAGAAAGAUGUUGGAGAACACCAUCCUAAUGUCGGUGGCGGCGGUGGUGCGAGUAGUAGCUCUAGCAGCUCAAGCAGUUCAAGUAGUGAUUCCUCAUCAUCCAGUGAUUCAGAUUCUGGUAGUAGUUCAGGGAGUGAUUCCGAUGAUGAUAAUGCCCACUCGUAGUUUUCCGAAAGUGGGACUUUGAAUUGGAAUUUUAGUCAAGAACGAAAGACAAACUGCCAAGAAUGAAUCCAUAAACAAACACACCUGAUUUGGGUGGGGUUUGUGAGUGAGAGAAGAAUGAAUGAACUUUCUUCAGAAAGUUUAUGCCAUUGGGCAUUGAUCGGCAUUGGCAAUGGUAAUGGCAAUGGCGGAUCCUUUCCAGCUAAGAGAAGUUUGGCAGAGAUAUAUUGAUGAGGUAAAUGAGUCCAAUGCCUAUUUGUUUUAUAAUAAUUAAUUUACCAAAAUGAGCUUUGUGUAUUGAAUAUGCUUAAAUCUUCUCUUACAGGGACAACAGGGACAACAAGUAUGGUUGGAUGGGAUUGGCAGGUGUUGUUUAGUUAGUUUAGUAUUACUAUUAAAUACGAAAUUUGUAAAGAGAUGACCUUUUUUUCUUAGGAUAAAUUUGAUUAGACAACCUUGUGUAAAUUUUUCAUUAUAUGACAUUGUGUAAACAUCACAUCACUUCCUCUUCAAUCUUUGAAUCCAAUAAAAUUUUCACCACAAUUGGUUCCUAUUAA